AUGCUCAGUUAGUGCGAGGACAGCCAUAGUUGCCGUCAGUUAUUGUUCGCGUGAAGAGGAACGAUUGAUAUCGUCUGAAUGGCAGAUCAGCAGUCGGCCCUGUUGCUACGAAAACAGCUAAACGAGCUGAAGAAAAAUCCCGUGGAAGGCUUCUCUGCCGGGCUAAUAGACGACAAUGACAUCUACAAGUGGGAGGUGCUCAUUAUUGGCCCACCUGACACAUUGUAUGAGGGCGGGUUCUUCAAGGCACACCUGUACUUCCCGAAGGAGUAUCCGCUACGUCCUCCGAAGAUGAAAUUCAUUACGGAAAUAUGGCACCCAAACAUUGAGAAGAACGGCGAUGUUUGCAUCUCAAUCCUGCAUGAGCCGGGGGAUGACAAAUAUGGCUAUGAGAAGGCAAGCGAACGUUGGCUUCCUGUGCACACAGUGGAAACCAUCCUCAUCUCUGUCAUCUCCAUGCUGGCCGACCCCAACGAUGAGUCCCCUGCGAACGUAGAUGCAGCGAAACAGUGGAGGGAAAACUAUGCUGACUUCAAGCGAAGAGUGGCGCAAUGUGUUAGGAAAAGUCAAGAACCUGCCCAAGAUUAAAUUUUCAUUAGUUUAACUUCCGGUACAGGGAGAUUUGCUUGUCCGCACAUCCCGUUUUUCAACAAGUAUCUGCUGCAAAGAAUAAGAAAGGGUUGGAAAAGAGAAAGAGCAAAAAAGAAAAAAAGAAAAAAUAACUGCACCCCUGAAGCCGCUUCGGGACAGUGAAAUGUGUGCAGGACAGUUUUUUUUUUUAAAGAGAGGGACACUGUUGGAACACUGUUGACGUUGUAGGUGGGCCUAUGGUGUACCCACGAAAAGCAACAAAAAAAAAGGAAGAAAGAAAUUGGGUGGUAGUUUGGGAAAUGGCGGACGAGGCGUUCCCUCUGGUGUCCUCGAGGCGCAACUUUGACUGCUCCGGCAACUCCAGUGGCUGCUCCUCUGCACUGAAAGAUGAAACUACGCCGUCGACAAAAUUCUUUUUGUACUGCGCUGUCGUUCGCCUGACGGAAGUGGGUGGACCUGCCGCCGUCAUUUCCCUUUCCUGCUGCCCCUCCCUCUAUUUGAAAAUGAGUGAUAAAAAAAGAGAAACUGACUGACACUCGCUUGAUACUUCUUAUGCAUGACCUCUUCCCUCCGUUUUUUAAAAUGUCAUCCGGAUUUUUUUUUUUUUUUUGUAGAAUGGAAUGCCCAUAAAGUGUGAGUGCGUUGAAUGUUCAGUUUUUACGGCAUGCAUUUUUUUUUCUGUGCCGCAGUUUUCUUUCCCUGUUGUGUGCUUUGAAAUGGUAUGAAAAAAGAAAACUUUCGGCCUUUGGGUAAUGGUUGGAAUGUUAAAAAUGUGGAAAUUGUCAAGAGGUGAUGCUAUAUUUUGUGCUUCAGUGUAGUGUAAAAAAGAAAAUUGAUUCAUUGAAACGCUGUCCUAGCUCUGGGAAUGUCCGAUAUUCUUUGCAGUGUCAUUGGUGCUAGGUCAGAGCUUUGUGCAGUUUUGUUCAGGGCUAUGAAGUUUUCACUUAUGUACAGUAUGCUUAAAUAUUCUGCAGACCAUGUGUGAGACACUUGUUAGUGAGUGUUGGCAUUGGCAAACUGCUUGCUGCACUUCAGGCACCAUUACAAAAGAGAGCACCUAAUUGAUAUUUAAACAAAGAGUAAUGCAGAAGCGCGAGUUAGAAUACCACUCGCUGACGCACAUUACGUAGUCUUUGUCUUUAAAAAAAAAAAUGUGUUGUAGUACUUUUCUUUUCACUGUUUCAAUCUGGUGUUCCCUUUCAUACUGGUGCCUACUGUGCGUACACAAUUGUAACGUGCAGUUGUCAUCUGCAAGCCCUACUGCUGUGCCUCUUCCUGCUGACUUUCUUUGUUUUUUUAUAAGUUUGCUCAAUCUGCGGAAGGAAGCUAAUUGUGGUCGAGAAUUUUUAUUCAGAUCUGGCCCAAUCACGAUGGAAAGGGGCUGAUAAUAAUCAAUGCAGUGCUUUUUCAUCCUUAAGCUGAAUCAGCCUGGCAUAGCACAUGUGGAGGCCAGCGUGUCACUGAACAAAUGAGUGGAACCUUCUUUACAGUGACACCUCAGCCAGAAGCAUUGGAAAGUGUCAAGUCUACAUUUGUAUGUUUCUGAUAAAAUGUAAGCUUCUUGUGGUUUUCGUUCAAAUUUUAGUCUGAUUGAUUUAGAGGGCUACAAGCAAGGCUUAUGGCUAUCAAAUCAGUUGCUGUUAAACACUUUCCUUUUAAUUUACUUCUGUGUGCAUAUUGGCAUUGGGUACUUCUCUUGUGUGCUAUUGAAGAAACAGGCAACACCUAAAUUCAAGAAUGAACCUUGACUAGUCUCGUCUGAGACUCCACCGUGUGGAUGGCAGUGGCACUUGUUGAUUGAACCUGUUGCAGUGUUUGUGUUGCUUCUUUGCGAUACCUGACCUACAAUAUUGUGAUCAAGCACUUUCAGCAUGCACUGGAAAGUACUGAAAUGGAAGGGCAUUUCUCAAGCAACACCACUUCAUGGUAAUUGGCAAGGGGCAUUAACGAAGUUCAGUGCCCUCUCCCCAGCUGUUCGGUGGAGUAUAUUAACGAGUUGCAGCAUGUUUGAGUGCAGUUGAAAGAGCCAUCAGCAGUUUGAUAGUCCGGUGAAUGCAGUCGUUGCCUGCCAAUCUGCCUUGUCACACAAGUAUGUUUGGCAACUACACCUUUGCUGCCUGCACUGUGUUGCUAAAAUUGCCAGAGUGUAACUGGAUAAUAUUGGAGCUGUAUUUGAAAAGUGUAAUCAAUGAACCUUUGCUUCUGUUCUUGUUGCCUUCUCCCAUGUUCGUUUUGAUUGUGUACGAGUGAGCCGUUUCGAUACUCCGAGGUCUUUGGGAUGUAUUUGUUGCCUUAUGUUUACAGCCCUGUGAGAAUUUGUGCAACUGCCAUUAUUAUCCCCAGUCUUCUUUUUUUAUUAUUUUCUUGUUUGAAGAUGCGACUGCAGUUAUUAGACACCCUGUGAAUUUUUCUCAGCUUUGUACAGUUGACUAAAUAUAUUUUCAUCUCUUUA